AUGAGGUCCAAAGUACCGUUCCUGCGUGCUCUUCGACACAGACCUUGGCCUCGUUCAUCAGUGGUUGCCCCUCGGUUAGACCAGUCUCAACCGGUUGAAGAACAAAACUCGCCGUACUAUGACCCUCAACAUUUCUAUGCAGCCCGCAUAGGAGAUGUCCUUAACGAACGGUAUCAGUUAGCGACGAAACUUGGUCAUGGAAGCCGCUCCACAGUCUGGCUUGCGCGGGAUCUUAAACAGUGGAAGUGGCUCACAGAGCGAUACGUUGCAAUCAAGAUCAAAGCGAUCAUUCCAAGUCCAGCACAUGAGGCCGCAGACGGGGAGCUAAACAUCCUAAGGCAAAUCGCCCAAACAAACCGAAGACACCCGGGUUGGGUAUUCGUCAGACGAAUGCUGGACACAUUUACGACACCGGGACAGUGUGGAAAUCAUACAUGUUUGGUAUUUGAGCCCCUACGGGAGCCACUAUGGCUCUACCAAAGGCGGUUUAUCGACGAUGUGAUACCAUUGUCGAGGAUCAAAAUCAUUCUCCAAAUGGUGCUACUGGGACUUGACUAUCUACACUCGGAGUGUCAUAUUAUUCAUACUGAUUUAAAGCCCGAUAACAUCAUGGUGAAGCUGGAAGAUCCUUCGAUCUUGGAGCGAGACGCAGAGGACGAAUUCAAGCAUCCACUUCCGCAGAAGCACUGCGAAGACGGUCGAGUGAUAUAUCUUGCUCGAAAUGACUACGGGCAAUUCCGACGGCCUGUCGGUGUAAUCCGGAUCACUGAUUUGGAUCUGGCGGUCUCUGGCGACAUUUUACGCAAAGGGUGUAUUCAGGCUGAGCUCUAUCGCGCCCCAGAAGUCAUUCUCGAUGUCGGGUACAGUUACAGUGCGGACAUCUGGAGUUUGGGAGUCAUGCUGUGGGAUCUGAUUGAAGGGAGCCCGCUGUUCAAAGUGGAUGUUCCCGAACGAGUUUACGAAUACGACGACCAACAGCAUCUCGGAAUGAUAACGGCGUUGUUGGGGGAUUCUCCGCAGAGCCUUCUCAAACAAGGGGAUAGAACCUCUCUGUUCUACAAUGUAGAAGGCCGUCUUCACAAUCCCGAUCUUAUCCCAACUAGCUUCAACUUCGAGACCACUAUCUCCAAUGUCAGCGGUGAAGAGAAGAAAAUGUUUAUCAACUUUGUUCAGAAGAUGAUCCGGUGGUUGCCAAGUGAACGAAGCACGGCGAAUGAACUCUUGAAAGACCCAUGGCUAGAGCUCGAUAGACAUUAG